AUGCAGGACAAGAAAAGCAGCACCCGAGGAACUGCCCUAAGCAGAAGCGUAAACGGAGCCAUAAAAUUCGUGUCGAAGGGUAAGAAGCUUAAUCAGCAUGGGGGUGGCAAUGGGGAGUCCCUUUCGAAUGUGUUGAAUGUCAGCACGAGGAAGAAGAGCAGUAACAGGGGGAGUGCCAUCGUCAGUGCGGCAGUUGGCGCAGCGACUAGCGGUGGAAGCCAGAGGAGAGACCACUCCGUAAACAAUGUUGACCAGUUCGAACUGAAGUGCCGAGACUACCUAGACAGUGUUCUAAAGAUAGGCGAAUAUGUGAAGCUGCCCAAGAGCAUCAACAAUGAGGAGGAGAAGAAGAGGUGGAAGAAGGCCCACUGUUUACGUAACAAAAUGAAGCAAUACGAUCAUCUCACGAGAAGAAAAUUGUUCCAAAGAAAAAGUGUUAGUAAUAAUGCAAAAUUCAACAGGGAGAGGUAUAUUAUAUUAAAUAAUAUCCCCAGGUAUAGGGAAGCCUUUCCUUCCGUCAUGGACGACCCGUCAAACAAAAUCAAGGAGGACAUCAUUCGUACGUACCUCAAGACACACGCUGCUUACUUCCUAUCGGAGAGUAGAAACGGAAACAGCCGCAAGUGUGGAAAUGGUUACAACGUGAGUUUUGUGAAGAAGGGGCCCAACAGCUAUGUGUGCAGACCAGUGAACAAGGACAGGCAGGUGGAUUCUUGUUUGCGUUACUACUGCGGAUCACCGCCUGCGGGCCAGCACAGGACAAGCAGCACAAGAAAUCACCCGAAGGGUAAGAAGAAGGAUUUGUCUUACAAUUUGUGGAAAAAGAUCAUCAUCGAGGGGAUAAAAAAUGGCAGCAUUGGUGUUGGAGGUACGGGCGGUAUUAACCGUGUGAGCAACGUUCACGGAGUUCGCAGCGUAAGCGGGCGCGCUCCGAGCAAGUACGAAAUUCUCGUCAACGGAUCCUACCACAAUCUGAAGAAUGCGAGCGGCGGGGUGAACGACUCAGGGAGAACGACCCGAAAAAGUACCCUCAGUGGAAGCAAUCAAGCGAGUAGAAAAUUGACAACAAGCGCAAACCACACCUCAAACAGAAUAGUCCUACACAACGAAAAAAGGGAAGAUGCAUAUGAAUUGAAGCCGAGUAAAACGAACGCGAAAAUGUCCCCUCCCAGUGCGAAGGUUCUUAAAAGUUCCUCCACGUACAAUUCCCCUGUGAACUCGAAAGAGGUACGCACACAAGGGGCAGGAUCCACCCGAGAUCGCACCCAACACACGACCAUAUUAAAUACCCACAGUCAGCACUCAAAUGGGAACUCCUUCUGUUCGGACGAAUCGAUGAAGAGACUUAUGUACGACAAGUGUAAUGUGGAAAGUGAGAAGUUCUUUUACAAAAAGGAUCGAUUUUCUUUACUGGGUCGGAUUAAGAAAAACAAGGAAAUCGAGGUGAGGCUCGUGUUGAACAAGGUGUGA